UCCUCCGCGAGACAUUCCCGUGUCCAGGCAUCCAAGUCUCCGCUGCGCUCCUCCAUCCAUCCUCUCUGGAACUUUUUUUUUCCCCCUCUGUCUCUCCAAACUCCAUCACAUCUCUCCAUAUUACGCGCCUUUUACGCAGUAGCGCUUGUUGUUGUUGUCACGUGUUCUUACCUGUGUUGCCAGUCGCCGGUGGUCGGAGCGUCGUGUCCGGUGAGCAGCGAGCCCAGUUCAAAGCGAUUGAAGACCACUAAAAGCUUCGUAAACACAACUUUGGAUGAAGAUGGGACAGCUGACUGGGUUGUGUUGUUUACUCCUCCUAAGCCUGGCUGUGCUGACCACCGCAAGACCCAAAGCAGGUGCACAGCCCAAGUGUAAGUCUGGCCCUGUAGACUUGGUGUUCCUGAUCGACAGCUCUCGUAGACCGCACGAGUUUGAGACCAUGAGGAAGUUCAUGAUCGACAUUCUCAACGAACUGGACAUCGGACCUGACACAACCCGGGUCGGAGUGGUGCAGUACUCCAGCCAGGUGCGCAGUGAAUUCUCCCUGAAGACCCACACCAAAAUGGACGCCAUCGUGAAGAACAUCAACGAGAUCAUCCCCCUGGCCCAGGGCACCAUGACAGGACUGGCCAUCAAAUAUGUCAUGAACGUGGCUUUUACUGAGGCUGAGGGAGAUAGGCCCAAGGUGCCUAAUGUGGCUGUGAUCGUGACAGACGGGCGCCCUCAGGACCGCGUGGCCGAGGUGGCAGCAGAGGCCAGAGACAAGGGCAUCGAGAUCUUCGCUGUGGGCGUGGCCAGAGCAGACAUGACAUCACUGCGCGCCAUGGCCUCCCCUCCCUUCGAGGACCACGUCUUCCUGGUCGAGUCCUUCGAUCUCAUCCACCAGUUCGGACUGCAGUUCCAGGACAAACUCUGCGGAGUGGACUUGUGCCUGGAGUCGGAGCACGGGUGUGAGCACAUCUGUGAGAGCUCUCCAGGGUCGUACCAGUGUCUGUGUCUGCCCGGAUACACCCUCAACGCCGACGGCAAAACCUGCAAAGCCAUCGACCUGUGCGCUGAAGGAAAACAUGACUGUGAGCAGAUCUGCCUCCCCACUCCUGGAGCCUUCACCUGCGACUGCAACAAGGGCUACCAGCUGAACGCCGACAAGAAGACCUGCUCAAUGAUCGACUAUUGUUCGUUCGGGAACCACAGUUGUGAUCACGAGUGUGUGAGUGUGCUGGGGGGCUUUAACUGUCGCUGUAACGAGGGAUACAGGCUGCUCGCCAACGGAAAGACCUGCCAGGCCAUAGACCUGUGCGCUGAGGGGAAGCACGACUGUGAGCACGUUUGUAUACCUGCUCCUGGAGUCUUCACCUGCGACUGCAACCAAGGAUACUCUCUGAAUGAGGACGAGAAGACCUGCACACCUAUUGAUCUGUGUGCUAUGGGGAAGCAUGACUGUGAGCAUGUUUGUAUACCUGCUCCUGGAGUCUUCACCUGCGACUGCAACCAAGGAUACUCUCUGAACGAGGACGAGAAGACCUGCACACCCAUAGACCUGUGUGCUAUGGGGAAGCAUGACUGUGAGCACGUUUGUAUACCUGCUCCUGGAGUCUUCACCUGCGACUGCAACCAAGGAUACUCUCUGAACGAAGACGAGAAGACCUGCACACCCAUAGACCUGUGUGCUAUGGGGAAGCACGACUGUGAGCACGUUUGUAUACCAGCUCCUGGAGUCUUCACCUGCGAAUGCAACCAAGGAUACUCUCUGAAUGAGGACGAGAAGACCUGCACACCCAUUGACCUGUGUGCUAUGGGGAAGCAUGACUGUGAGCACGUUUGUAUACCUGCUCCUGGAGUCUUCACCUGCGACUGCAACCAAGGAUACUCUCUGAACGAGGACGAGAAGACCUGCACACCCAUUGACCUGUGUGCUAUGGGGAAGCACGACUGUGAACACGUUUGUAUACCUGCUCCUGGAGUCUUCACCUGCGACUGCAACCAAGGAUACUCUCUGAACGAGGACGAGAAGACCUGCACACCCAUAGACCUGUGUGCUAUGGGGAAGCAUGACUGUGAGCACGUUUGUAUACCUGCUCCUGGAGUCUUCACCUGCGACUGCAACCAAGGAUACUCUCUGAAUGAGGACGAGAAGACCUGCACACCCAUUGACCUGUGCGCUGAGGGCAAACAUGACUGUGAGCAGAUCUGUAUACCCUCUCCUGGAGCCUUCACCUGUGACUGCAACAAGGGAUUUAAACUCAACCAGGACAAGAAGACCUGCACAAACAUGGACAUGUGUAAGACAGUGGCACACGGCUGUGAGCACCAGUGUGUGAGCACCCCUGGGUCCUACUACUGCAUCUGUCCCGAGGGCCAACUGCUGCAGGACGACGGCAAGAGCUGUGGCACGUGUAAAUCCGCCAACAUUGACCUGGUUCUUGUGAUCGACGGCUCUAAAAGUGUGCGACCUCAGAACUUCGAGUUGGUGAAGAAGUUUGUGAACCAGGUGGUGGACUCUCUGGACGUGUCUGCUCACGGCACCAGGGUGGGUCUGGUCCAGUACUCCAGCCGUGUCCGCACCGAGUUCCCCCUCAACAUGUACCACACUGCCGACGAGAUCAAGGCUGCCGUCAUGAAGGUGGAGUACAUGGAGAAGGGGACGAUGACGGGCCUGGCUCUCAAGCACAUGCUGGAGAACAGCUUCUCUGAGGCAGAGGGGGCUCGUCCUGCCGCCCGUAACAUCCCCCGCAUAGGCCUGGUGUUCACCGAUGGGCGCUCCCAGGAUGACAUCACCGAGUAUGCCAAGAAGGCCAAGGAGGCUGGCAUCACCAUGUAUGCAGUUGGAGUGGGCAAAGCUGUAGAAGACGAGCUGAGGGAGAUUGCAUCUGACCCUGUGGAAAAACACUUUUACUACACGACGGACUUCUCUGCCAUUAGCACCAUCGCAGAGAACCUCAAACUCAACGUGUGCCCAGCGGAGAGCCAGGGGGAGAUCGAGGUGAAGGACCCCUGCGCCUGUGAGAGCCUGGUGGAGUUCCAACAGGCCACCAUGAGCAGUCUGGAGCAGCUUACUCAAAAACUGGCUGGGAUGACCGCUCGCCUCGAACAGCUGGAGAAUCAGUUACUGUCCAGGAAGUAAUUCACCUGUGUGUUAGUGAGCAAGACACCCCAAACCAGGAAGAGGAACGAGGCACAUCACGGACAGACAGGGGGAAAUCGAACCAUCAACCAAAAUGGACAAACUAUAGGCUAUUUCCCAAAGACUUUAUGGCCUUAAGCGGGUCUCUCAAAACACAACUUACCUUGCUCUUAAUGUAAAUGACGCCAUAUUGUUUUUGCUGGUUGCGUCUGGGAUACACUCAAUGGUUUUAGUUGAGUUUUAUAUUGAAAAAUAUUAUGUAAAAAUAUAUUCAUACCAGAGAUUAGGCAAACUGUAAACUGAAAAUGUAGAUAGAAGACAGUAGAAAUCAGGUCAUAGUCAGACAAAAACAACAUGUUUAUACUUGUUUUAUAUGAUUUGCUAUUGAACUAUUUAUAGCGUUUUUUUAUAGUAGUCGGUUAGAAUAUUUGGGGAUAAGGACAGGAAAUGAAGUUGGAUUGCCACUCCAUAGGAAAUAACACAUGACCCAUACUGUGACAUAGCAUUUAUUUUUGUUUGUAGCGUAGCAUUAAAAUUUCAUCCACUUUGCAUUGGCCAUGUUGGUUUUCUUGGCUGAUCAGAUGCGAGGGAAGUAAGAGGUUUGAAAUGAAAUUGUACUGUGUAUGAAAAGAUAACCACCGAUCAAUACCCUCUACUUUUGGACUAUGCAUUUUGUAUAUUGUAAUAAUCUUUUUUUGUAUUUGUCGAUAUUACAACACAGAAGACAAUA